AUGAUCACAUCGUAUAGUGAGGCGGUCAGCCGGCCUAAAUCCACCAUGUUUCUUCUUCUAUCAUGGACCAUUAUGUUCGGACUAUGCAAUGGCGUACCAUCGAUGAGGGACGGUCUCACCACCCCCACCCUCGUUUACGAGGGCGAUGACGCCCUCAUCACGUGUGUCGUGAGGGACAUUGGUACCAACACCGUCAUGUGGAAGAUGGACGACAGAGAGCGACACAGCGUGAGGGUGCUCACAGCAGGAGAAAACAGGGUCACUGGGGAUACGAGGUACAGCAUCCUACACGACUCAGACAUAUCAGGAGAGAAAUUCGACGGUUCAUCAGAAAUAUCGUCAGGAGGAGAUGUGUGGGUAUUAUUGAUAAAAAAUGCAAGAACCACGGACUCGGGGGUAUAUCUGUGUGAAGUGAAUAGCAGCCCUCCAGUCAGGAGCUUUCAUAAAUUGACUGUGGUAUCCAGGGCUAUGAAUCCAUCGAAUGCUUCAAUUGAUCCAAGUAUUCAAACAACAGAUGACCAGAAAACGAUCAGCAGUAGGAAUCACAACUAUACCGACUGUUGCCUAGCGAAAAAUGUUUCCUCGAAUUGCCUUGGAUUCUGUAACAUUCAAAGCAUUCUUGAAGGUACGACCGGCCAAGAUCCCGAACAAUGCGAACCCGAUUUUCCUGCUAUCGUUCAUUGCAUGGCCGAUGGCAGGAAUCACGUCCCCUGCUGCAUCCAGGAAAGAGUUCCUGAUAUCUGCCAGGACGUUUGCAAGGGAGAAUACACCGUCAUCACGAACAACAUCAAGACGCACUUUUCCUGCUCCUCGUAUACGGAACAAACUUUGGCUUGUAUCACCGAAGGAAUCGAACUGUUGCCCAGCCCUCCAGAAAACGUAGAAGUCGAAGCUAUAUCACAAACAUCGAUAAGAAUCGAAUGGUCAAUGCCGAUAUCCAAUAGCGAAACGGUCACUGAAUAUGCGGUGAACGUGACAUCAUUGAGAACAUUCGAUGAUGAGAAGAUGGAAGAUGACAGCCCCAGGUCAAACAGCAGCUCCAUCACACAGAGCAUCAUGGUCAAGGUUCCGGCCAAUGAGAAGAUGACGGUUCUCAACAAUUUAUUGCCAUUCACCAUGUAUGAGAUGAAA